GAUGUGCUCUCUAAGCCAUGGCGCUGCUUCCCCUGAUGUUCGUCUUGGGCCUGUUGGCUGAUGCUUCCUCCCUGGAUAACGGGCUGCUGAGAACGCCGCCGAUGGGCUGGGUGCCGUGGGAACACUUCCGAUGCAACACGGACUGCGAGAAGGAGCCUGACAAUUGCAUCAGCGAACGCUUGAUCAAGAUGAUGGUGGACCGACUGGCUGAAGACGGCUGGAAGGAGCUCGGCUACAAAUACGUGAACUUGGAUGACUGCUGGGCGGCCAAAGAAAGGGACUCCUUGGGCAGGCUCCAGGCAAAUGCGUCGAGGUUUCCCAGCGGCAUUAAGGCUCUGGCAGAUUAUGUCCAUGCCAAAGGUCUGAAAUUUGGCAUCUACAGUGACCUGGGCAACCUCACCUGCGAGGGCUACCCGGGGACCACGCUGGACACCAUCGAGACAGAUGCCAAGACCUUUGCAGAGUGGGGCGUGGACAUGCUGAAGCUGGACGGCUGCUUCUCCAACUCCUCCGCCAGGGCUGCCGGCUACCCGAAGAUGAGCGCAGCCUUGAACAAAACGGGACGGUGGAUUGUUUACUCCUGCAGCUGGCCUGCCUACGAAGGGGGCCUGCCGCCAAAGGUGAAUUAUACUUUACUCGGCCAGAUCUGCAACCUGUGGAGGAAUUUCGGUGACAUCGAAGACUCCUGGGGAAGUCUUUCUCGCAUCAUCAAGUGGUACGGGGACCACCAAGACACCCUGCAGCCCGCCGCUGGCCCAGGAAGGUGGAAUGAUCCCGACAUGCUGCUGGUGGGCAACUCGGGCCUGAGCUUGGAGCAGGCGAAGGUGCAGCUGGCCCUGUGGGCGAUCCUGGCCGCCCCACUCUUCAUGUCCUGCAACCUGCGCACCAUCUCGGCCGAGGCCAGAGACCUCCUGCGCAAUCCCCUGCUGAUCUACAUCGACCAGGAUCCGCUGGGGGUCCCGGGCAGGCGGAUCGCAAAGAGCGGCCAGUUCGAAGUGUGGAAGAGAGGCCUCGUCGACCACCAGUACGGGAUCGCAGUCCUGAAUAACGGCACAGGCCAGACCCCCCGGCCUUUUGUCACCAGCCUGGACCUGCUGCACAUUUUGGACUGCAAGACGGGCUACAAGAUCUACAAUGUGCUGGACAGGUCCUUCCUGGGGGAGUACAGGUGCAAUGCCACGCUCUCCUUCACGGUGGCUCCCACAGGGGUGGUGCUGCUCUUCCUCAGGCCACUGAGCUGA